AUGACACACGGCAGAAUCCCCAGACAGAGCUCCGCCACGAACCUCACGUACACCAUCUCGACCCCAUCAACCGUCGAAAUCAGCUCAAUCAUAUAUACGCUAUUAACAUCAUCUUCAGAGAAGAAGCGCGAUAUGGCGCCGGCAAUUUCCCUCCGCGGCUUCUUCAGCCGCUUAACCUCUAUCCUCCCCCACCUCCAAUCCCAGACACCCCUGGGACCAAGCGACGCAACUCCCGCAGUCGUCCCCUACGAACCGCUCUCCGCGGCGCCAUCAUGCCCCAUCGACGGCCCUACGAGCUGCCACAAGACCUCGGAACCCGUCGACUCGUGCUGCUUCGUUUCUCCGUCGGGCAGGAUCUUGCUCACGCAGUUCUGGGACGAUACGGUGCACGCAGGCGGGGCGGAAGAGGAUUGGACUGUCCAUGGACUCUGGCCGGACCUCUGCGAUGGAAGCUACAAGGCAUUCUGCGGUAUGACGCCGCAUUUCAACAACAUUACGGAUAUUCUGAAGCACUACGGCCAGAACGACCUUUUGGCGUCGAUGGAGAGGUACUGGGUCGCGGCAUACGGCACAAACAACCACCUCUGGGCCCACGAGUAUAACAAACACGCAAGCUGCAUAAAUACGCUCUCGACGUCGUGCUACGGGACAUCUUACGAUGCGGGUAUCGAGGUCGUCGACUACUUCACGCGCGCAUUCAGCCUCUUCAAGCAACUCGAUACCUUCACGGCCCUCGAGCGCGCCGGCAUCGUCCCCUCACACGAGAAGCGCUAUCCCCUGGCGGACGUCACGCGGACGCUGGAGAGGCUGAGCGGCGGGCGGGUCGUCCUGCGGUGCUCGGGACGCAGGCGGGAUGUGCUGCACGAGGCGUGGUACAGUUAUUUCCUCAAGGGCAGCCUGCAGACGGGCCAGUUUGUCCCCGCGAGCGAGCUGGGAGAGCACGGAGAUGCGAAUAACUGUGCGAGUGAGGUCAGGUACCCGCCCAAGAAGUGCAAGGGCAACUGUCCGAAUGCGGAGUUGUAA